UCCUUCAUGCUAUUUGAGACUCAGAAUAAGGGGACGGGAUUUGCACAUCGUUUUUAUUUUUUUAUUUUUACUCAUUCUUUCCUUCCUUUCCAUUUCUUAUUACUAACAAUGAGGCUUCAUUAUUACAUAUCACCCCUUUCUUAUUUUUUAACGUGUGUAAUAGCAGCACAGCAUUCUUUGAUUAAUUGUACAUGGCCAUGCCCCACAAGUACUCAUGGUUGCAUUGUAACGCCACAAGGAGCCAGUUGUUCAGACAAAGGGAUUAAUGAAUGGGUGAUUAAUUCGCCUGAAAAAGCGCCUAUUUACACUGGAGCUUACGUUUCCGUAGCAUUACAGGCUUGUCAACCAGUACCUAUACCUAAGUUACCAGCCGCAUUUAUUGAAGUGAAUACAACACAAAUUGGGCAAUCUAUCAUUAUGUGGCCUAUUCUGAACAUGCGUCGACCUCAAGAUGAAUAUCUUGGCAACUGUGGCCAUGGGUUCUACUGCGCUUCCACCGGAGAAGAUCAGUUGAAACCUGUUUGUCGACAGAGAUUUGUGAUGACAUCCACUUGUUUUUCCUCCAACCAGUGUUUAUCCGGUUCUUGUCUUGAAAAUACUUGUCAGUAUAAUAGCAACAGAACUGAUGGCGGUAGAAGACACAGAUAUACUGAAAGUCAUAAUGAUUACGAUGACAGAAGGACUGCUCGUAUACUUGCUUCCAUAUUUGGAAUUGUAGGUGGCAUAAUUGUGCUGGUUGUUGGCUUUAUUAUGUAUCGACGACGACAAAUCAGGAAGGCUGCUGUCAAUGAAGCAGUAUAUCCUAAUGAAACCGGACAACAAUCAACACUUUCAUUUGGUGCUUCAGGCCUACCAUUAAGAGCAAAUGAUAGUCUGCAUAAACAGUUUGCCUCUGAUUUUCAAAAUGAUGGCGCAACAUCCACUAUCACUUCUGUGAUGCAGCAAAGCCAGUUGCAUCAUGACAUACCCCCACCCUCUUACAAGCCAUAAAUGCAUACAACACGCGCCUCAUUAUAAUAAUAAUAAUAAAAUCACAUCCAAUAUAAAAUUAAAAAA